UCAAAUGCAUUCAGACAAGAAGUCAGGGGGAGGAGGAAAAAGUGCUGUGGAGCCAUUGACCCCACCCAGGAAGUGUGACUAACCCGGAGCAUCAGGGGCUGUACAGACGUGCCUGUUGGGUCUGAUCUGGAAACAGUAUGUACACACCAAUCCCCCAGAGUGGCUCUCCAUUCCCAGCCUCGGUACAAGAUCCCGGCCUGCACAUAUGGCGAGUGGAGAAGCUAAAGCCAGUGCCUGUGGCACGUGAGAACCAGGGCAUCUUCUUCUCAGGAGACUCUUACCUAGUGCUGCACAAUGGCCCAGAAGAGCUCUCUCAUCUGCACCUGUGGAUAGGCCAGCAGUCAUCUCGGGAUGAGCAGGGGGCUUGUGCUGUGCUAGCUGUGCACCUCAAUACCCUGCUUGGAGAGAGGCCUGUGCAACAUCGUGAAGUACAGGGCAAUGAGUCUGACCUUUUCAUGAGCUACUUCCCAAAGGGCCUCAAAUACCAGGAAGGAGGUGUUGAGUCAGCAUUUCACAAGACGGCCUCCGGUGCCACCCCAGCUGUCAUCAAGAAACUCUACCAGGUGAAAGGGAAAAAGAACAUCCGUGCCACCGAGCGAGCGUUGAGCUGGGACAGCUUCAACACUGGGGACUGCUUCAUCCUGGACCUGGGCCAUAACAUCUUUGCCUGGUGUGGUGGGAAGUCCAACAUCCUGGAGCGCAACAAGGCGAGAGACCUGGCCUUGGCCAUCCGGGACAGUGAGCGGCAGGGCAAGGCCCAGGUGGAGAUCAUCACUGAUGGGGAAGAGCCUACGGAGAUGAUCCAGGUUCUGGGCCCCAAGCCUGCUCUGAAGGAGGGCAACCCUGAAGAAGACCUCACAGCUGACCAGACCAAUGCACAGGCUGCAGCUCUGUAUAAGGUCUCUGAUGCCACUGGACAGAUGAACCUGACCAAGGUGGCAGACUCCAGCCCUUUUGCCCUGGAGCUGCUGAUCCCUGAUGACUGCUUUGUGCUGGACAAUGGGCUCUGUGGCAAGAUCUACAUCUGGAAGGGGCGAAAAGCUAAUGAGAAGGAGAGGCAGGCGGCCCUCCAAGUGGCUGAGGACUUCAUCUCCCGCAUGCAGUAUGCCCCCAACACUCAGGUGGAGAUUCUGCCCCAGGGCCGGGAGAGUCCUAUCUUCAAGCAAUUCUUCAAGAACUGGAAGUGAGGGAGAGAGGGUCUCUGUGUUUGCUUCUGUCCCUUCCCCCACCCCUGGGCUUCCUGUCCAUGCUUUCCUCUGGCUGCCGGGUCAGUGCUGAGGUACCCUCUGCAGAUGGAAAAUAAAGGAAAACAAGUGCCUUCUCCA